CUGUUUUUAUUCGGGUUUUGUAAAUUUUUCAGCGUAGUACAAAAUAAAAAGGUUUUUUCCCAAAAGGUUGUGAAAUAUUCGUGAAAAAAUUUGGAAAAUAAUACAUUGGAGAUGGAUUGUGCGGGAAAUUCAAAGUCAAAGGAACUUCCGGAUGCAGAUGAUUCCCUGGAACGGGAUGUUGCUCAACUUUCCGGUGACAUUGAGAGUGUUUUAGCCACGUUGGAGUCAAUGAAGGUGGAUUUUGAGAGGAACUCCAUUCCUGGAGAGGCCGCCAAUGACGUGCCACAGGGUGUGGUGGGUAAGAAGAAGAGGACACGUGUGCGGAAGAACAAGAACAGGACUUCUGAGGGAUCUCUCGAGGAAUCUGACAAUUUAUCCGUGAAUUCAGUCGCGAUGAAUGCAGCAGUGCGACAGGAAUUGCUGUCAAAUGAGAAUCUCCUGAUUUUGCAGCUUCUGUCAAUGACACCGGAUGAGAGGGAGCAGUACCUGAUGCAGAUUGCUCUGGAACGGGAGAUUUUGCUCUUCAUCCGGCGGGGGAAACAGAAGAAUAUUAUGGUUAAUCCGGUUAUUUAUAAUUACUUGAAGAGCAAUCAACAUGGUGGAGAUCUGGCCAAGAUUCAGACAUUCCUGGGUCAUGGGGCACCUUCACGUGACUCAAGGGAUAACCAUCACACCCCAAGGAGGUCAAUUCAGCAACAGAGAGAAGAGAGAGGCGCACAGAAGGGGAAGAAAGACAAAAAGGGGAAGAAGAAGGAUAAAAAGAAACCUUCCGUGGAAUUGUCUGAUCUGGAGGAGAAGUACUUGAAAUUGGUGGAACAGGAAGUUGGUGGUGUGGACAAACCCAUCCCUCCAUCCCUGACGGGAAUAUUGAUUAAGUUUGGGGAAAUGGUGCAGCAGACGAAGCGUGGUCAAGUGGUCGAGGGGGAAAUCCGUGUGAGCAGCAACAACUACCACAAUGCCUUCAUGGCCAAUCCCUCUGGGGGGAAGGAUAUCAUCUUCCGUUCAUCCAUUUUGCGUCGUCACGCCCUACCAGGAGAUCGUGUGCUCGCUCUAAUCUUCAAAACAACCGUCCGGGGACAAGAUGUGAAAGCUGACACAUCCCUGGAGGACAAUGACGAUGCAGAAGAUGCCGCAGUACAAACUGAGGAGGAAGUUCCGGAGAUUGAGGAACGUGAAGUGGGUGUUGUGCUGGAUAUUCUCGAGCAAGUCCACAAUCGUCUCAUUGUGGGAACUUUCCAGCAUCCCAUAAGUCAGAGGAAUCUUCUCACCCCACGCGACAUACGUCUUCCGCGUGUUCGUGUUGAGAUCAAGGAUGUCGUUCGUGCGCUUGGCAACAAUGUCACAACAUUGAAGAAUUUCAUUUUCCUCGCAAAGAUCACCCAUUGCACGUACAACGAUGUCCACGGGCAGCUAUUGAAGAUUAUUGGGCAAGUUGGGGAGCUUCAGAGUGAAAAUCGUGCCAUUUUGGUGGCCAAUGAUCUCAAUCCGGAACCAUAUCCGGAAGAAAUUCUCGCCAAUCUACCCAAUUUUGAUGUUGGCCCCAAGGAUUUUGACGGAAGAACGGAUUUACGUCGCACGUGCAUCUUUACAAUUGAUCCUGCAACAGCCAGAGAUCUCGAUGAUGCCAUGUCAUGCCGUCGGAUGGAUGAUGGAACGUAUGAGGUUGGUGUCCACAUCGCAGAUGUUGCCCAUUUCAUCCCGGAGAAUUCUCCCCUGGAUGAGAUUCUGCGGAAGAAGACAACAAGCAUCUACAUGGUGAAUGCUGUCUACCACAUGCUUCCGUUGCAAAUGUGCCUGGGAUUGUCACUCCUUCCGGGAAAGGAUCGUCUGGCCUUUUCUGUCUUCUGGCGCAUGGAUGCCGAAGGGAAGAUCCUCGAGGAGCGUAUUGCGAAGACUGUGAUCAAUUCGUGCACGCAGCUCGCCUACUCCCAUGCCCAGGAGAUUAUUGAUCAUCCGGAAGAGGAUCCAUCGCCCACCCUCUUCCCGGCCAUUCAUUCAGACACAUUCACACUCAAAGACAUCACAGAGAGCGUGCGGAUACUCCACAGGCUCUCCCGGAAAUUGCGUGCGAAGCGUUUCGAUGGGGGUGCUGUGAAACUCGAUCAACCCAAGAUCACCUUUGUCCUUGACCCGCAAACAGGACUACCGAAGGAAUUUCACACGGAAGUCAUUCAGGAGAGUAAUCAACUCAUUGAGGAGUUCAUGUUGCUCGCCAAUAUGACCGUAGCACGGUGGACUCAUGAGAAAUUCCCCACAACGGCCGUUCUACGGUGCCACAAUGAACCGGAUCGGCAUCAAAUUGACAAGUUGGCCAAGGAUUUCAAGACACACGGCGUGGAAUUCGACCUGAGCUCCACAAGUGCCAUUUCCGCGUCCCUCGAGAAGGCCAUUGAGGCGUGCAAGGACACCGUAGCCGCCAAGACGGUCCUCACGUGCAUGCUGACAAAGCCAAUGCGACGUGCUCGAUAUUUCUGCAGCGGAAUGACGGAGAGUGAGGAUGAAUUUAGGCACUAUCUCCUGUCCAUUCCCAUCUACACGCACUUCACGAGUCCCAUCAGGCGCUACCCUGAUAUCCUUGUGCAUCGUCUCCUGGCGGCAGCUGAAUGCGGUGCCCCCGUGCCGCAGCUUCCGCCCGAGGAGAUUCACAGCAUUGCCGCAAUGUGCAAUGUGCAGAAGUACAAUGCAAAACUGGCGGGGAAUGAUAGCAUUGAUCUCUACUUCAACAAGUUCGUGGAAGCAGCCAAGUCGGUUAAAAUGCGUGCGGCUGUCUUUAGGAUUGGGCUCAAAUACGCCGAUGUGAUUCUCAUCGAUACUGGACAUCAUGUUAAGGCAACUUAUGGAAAAGGGAAAGCCACCUACAAGGAAAACAUCACACCGCGUACAGUUGUAAUCACGCGCGAAAAAAGCAACACCACAAUGGUGGUCAGUGUCUUUUCGGAAUGCAACGUGAGUGUGACCUAUGAAGAUGGCAAAUUGAAGGGAAAACUCGUGUGGCCAUCAAACUACAAUCAUGCUCCACCGCGGCCACCCAAUAAGCUGAAAGAAGCAAUGAAAGACUAAACGAACAAAUUGUGGAUACUAUUACAUUUAUUUUGAAAUCAUUACACAUCCCACCAUCUUGAUUUUUUUUUACAUCAGGGAGGUGCUUUCUUUUCUUUCUUUUUUUUUUAAAUCUCACUACUUGGAAAUUAAAAAAAAAUUGCAUUUUAAUCGGGAAUGAUUUUUGCAAGAAAAAAAUAUUUAAAAAUCCGUUUGAGACUCUACAAAUUCUACAAAUCUUAUUUUAUUUUCAUAUAUUCAUCCAUUAUUGUAUUUUCAAAAUGAAGAUUAAUUAUAUUAAAUAAAAAAAAGAAGAAGAAACUCUUCUUCCAGCAAAA